AUGACCUCAGCUAUCCAUUACUCCACCAUACCUCAGCUAUCCAUUACUCCACCAUGCCUCAGCUAUCCAUUACUCCACCAUGACUCAGCUAUCCAUUACUCCACCAUGACCGCCAUUACCCACCAUCCUAUCCAUUACUCUACCAUACCCUCAGCUAUCCAUUACUCCACCAUGCCUCAGCUAUCCAUUACCCACCAUGACUCAGCUAUCCAUUACUCCACCAUGCCGCAGCUAUCCAUUACUCUACCAUACCAGCCAUCCAUUACUCCACCAUGCCCCUCAGCCAUCCAUUACUCCACCAUGGCUCAGCUAUCCAUUACUCCACCAUGCCGCAGCUAUCCAUUACCUACCAUGACCUCAGCUAUCCAUUACUCCACCAUGACCACAUCCAUGACUCACCCAUCCAAGCCAUCCAUCCAUUACUCCACCAUGACUCAGCUAUCCAUUACUCUACCAUGCCCUCAGCUAUCCAUUACUCCACCAUGCCUCAGCUAUCCAUUACUCCACCAUGACUCAGCCAUCCAUUACUCCACCAUGCCGCAGCUAUCCAUCCAUAUCCACACUCCAUGCCUCAGCUAUCCAUACCCACCAUGCCUCAGCUAUCCAUUACUCCACCAUGCCUCAGCUAUCCAUUACUCCACCAUGACUCAGCUAUCCAUUACUCCACCAUGCCUCAGCUAUCCAUUACUCCACCAUGCCUCAGCUAUCCAUUACUCCACCAUGCCUCAGCUAUCCAUUACUCCACCAUGA